UGAAAAAUAUUCGAAAUUAUAGAAAAUGAAACUGUUACUUUUAACCAGUGAAAUAAUGAGACGUUAUUUGCUGUUGCUAUUACUCGUCGAGUUAAUAUCCUCGAUGGCGAUACCAAGGCCCUCAGCUUACAACGCAGAAGAAAUUAUUGCACAUUCAACGAGGUACAUUGAUUCCAUAAACCCAAGUCCAUUGGAUUCCCGAGUGAAAGAAGUAGAGAUGCAUACAUUGCUCACUGUGAAAUUCUCAGCGAUGAAUAAUUAUUCGACUAAAGCCGACGAUGCUCGAUCGUUAAUGCGCUUGAAAACGCUGGAAAAUAUUGAGAAAUUGCCAAAUAUGACAACAAUUGCUAAUCUUCUUUAUGAGAGUGUAUUGAGGAAGUUGGAAAAUCUCGAUAAAAAUAAGAAUAACAAUGGGAUCAAUGUACCGGAUUUGAAUAGUAUUGUACAAGUGAUAAAGUGCAUGAUUUAUGAUGAAAAUUCACCGACGUUAAAUAAACUUUUUAAGUUAUUGGAAAGUGACGUAAAAAAUUUGCGAUUACAAAUGGAAUCAUUAAAAUCAAAAACUACUUUUCACAACCUUGAUCUACACGCGAAAAUGAGUACACAAGAGAACAACUUAAAUCGACAAAAAAGAUCGAAAAAUGAUGUUCUUGCGAAUGUACUUCAGAGUAAACUGUCAAUGUCAACUCCAGGAAAAAAUGCAGACAACAAAAAUAACAGGAGUUUCGAAACAAGUAAUUCCAUAGGAAAUAAAUCGAAGAAAAAUAAAAUUUCUUCCAAUCUCACAGAAGUUUUAAUCAAUGCAGGAUUUGAUCAAUCCACUAUAAAAUCUUAUUUGGCUAAACAGGUGAAGUUGAAUUCUAAAAAGAAAAAUAAGUCAAUACAACGAAAGAAAAGCUCUGACAAUCAUAUGGAUGAUGACGAAGAUGAUUAUGAAGACGAUAAUAGUGGUGCUAUUCAAAAACAAACUUUCGACGAUGUUUUUCCAAACAUAGAUUACGUUGAUAACGAUGAAGGGUCUUUGGGAUCAAUAGAAGAUCUGUUACCUUUAUUUCUUCCACUUCUCGAAGAAAUAUUUGAAAAUCCUGAUACUCUUGUGGAUUUAGCCGAUAUAUUGCUGGAUAGUGCCGGUCUUUUUGCAGACAUCGGACAAGAUCUACUUGUCGCUUUCACACCAGAUUCACUCAAAGUUACAAUACCGAUUAUACUUAAUUUAUUAGUAGGUAAGGAUGGCAUGGGUAGCGACGUAGGAGCUGUUUUGGGUCCUUUGAUUCAACUUAUAGGCCCCUUGAUUGGUCCACUGUAUGGGCCACUGUUUGGCUCGUUGUCUUCUACUUAUAGUGGACCACAAGCAUUACCCAUCGCAAAUGUUCUUGCAUCUUACUUUGGAUAUUUCAGUGAUGAAAGAUACGGCGGAGAUUUGGUAUCAACAUUAACGACGUCUCUCAUCAAAAUCAUUACUAAAGAAUUAUUUGGGCCAAAAUCGAACUUGGACAUCGAAGGCUUCGUGAUGCAAGCAGUAAAAGGUACAUUGAGUGGGUUGAGCAGUGGAUUGAGUGGUGGGUCCAGUGAUGGUACGAGCCAAAAUCAUUAUGCGUAUGGGCCACCGGCUCCAAGCCAGAAAAAACCGCCCAAUGUCAAUAUUUUUCGUCCACAAGCAAGACCGAUCAAUACGAAGAUGCCAAGUCGUCAAUUUAAUCAGCAUUAGCUACUUCAUGAUGUACCUAAAAAUAUUCAUUAAAAUUUCAAUAUUUAUGAUACCUA